CAUUGUGGGAAGCGUUUAUUGUUGGUAAAGCAGCCAUCGGCGUUAUGAGAGUGUAGUUUAAGUGAAAAGGGCUGGGUUUUGAAGAUGACACAGGCUCUAAAUCGCCUGGAACUGUAGCUGUAUGCAACUUUUGGCAGGAACCGGGGUUAGCAAGACCCCCGCGGUACACUGCUUCUACUAAGACGGCGCUGGCUGGCUGGGUCGUAAGCCAGGAGACGUCUCUAUGGUCAGGUAAACAUAGAGCGGUUCGGCUCUUCCUCACGUGGUGGGACUACGCAUGAGCAGUAGCCGCAGCAUUGUAAAGAUGGCGGAGGAAGAGCAAAGAAAAAAGAUCCCUUUGGUUCCAGAAAAUCUCCUGAAAAAGAGGAAAGCUUAUCAAGCCCUCAAAGCUACCCAGGCAAAGCAGGCACUUUUGGAAAAGAAGCAGAGGAAAGGAAAAGAGUUCAAGUUUAAGCGACUGGAAUGGUUCCUACACGAUGCCUGGCGGCAACAACGUGACAAAGUGCGCCUCAGACGACUAGAAGUGAAACCUCAUGGUUUGGAAGUGCCAGAUGAACAUUCCUUGGCCUUUGUUGUACGCAUCCAAAGGAUUAAUGGGGUGAGUUUAACGGUGCAGAGGACCAUUGCAAGGCUUCGCCUGAAGAAGAUUUUCAGUGGUGUUUUUUUCCAAGUGACCCCCAAAACCAUAAAAACACUGCGUGUAGUGGAACCUUAUGUGACCUGGGGAUUUCCAAAUCUGAAGUCUGUCCGGGAACUCAUCUUGAAACGUGGACAAGCCAAGGUCAAGAAUAAAAUCAUCCCUUUGACAGACAACACAGUGAUUGAGGAGCACCUGGGGAAGUUUGGUGUCAUUUGCUUGGAAGACCUCAUUCAUGAAAUUGCCUUCCCGGGGAAGAAUUUCCAGGUGAUCUCAGGGUUCUUGUGCCCUUUCCAUCUCUCCGUGGCCCGUCAUGCUACCAAGAAUAGAGUGGGCUUCCUCAAGGAAGUAGGCUCACCUGGCUAUCGAGGUGAAUGCAUCAAUCAGCUCAUCCGACAGCUGAACUAAACCCAGGUGCCAAGUGACAGUGAAUUUGUAUGAUGAAAUUCUUUUUCUGCCUCCCAGAAUAUCUGAAAGCACAAUGCAUUGGAAGCACGUGUUUGUUUUUUGGAAUUGUUAUCCAGUAUCUUCAAAGGAGACUAUUUGCUGCUGUAUCUUCAGAAACUGGAGGGGAAGAGUCAGGGCAAAGAUGGCAAUAUUCCUAGCAGGCACAUCUCAUCAUAACCCAAUUCCAAAGGAAAAGUCCCCGUGUUUUCCACAUUGGCGGCUGCUGCUGCCACCUCUGAAAUCAGCGAGGGAUUCGUGCCAUGGAGGGGUCCUGUUCCGUCACAUCUUCUAUCCAGGGGUUUAAUGUUGGUGGAUGAAUACCCAGGCACGAAUACAAGAUGGCAGUAUUCGUGCCAAGCCCAGGGGCACACUUGACCCUGGGGUUCCUAAGGCCUUGUUUUGGAAAGAACUUGUAAUACAGUUCAAAGAGCACAAAAAUGGUGCUUAGUUGUCUCUGCUGUGAGUCUGUGUUCUAACUUUCCAGUGACAGCUUUGCAAGCUCUCAGGCUGGGCUGGCUCUCAGACUGUCUGGUGGCUUCCUUAACCUAGCCUGCACUGGGCUUAGUCCUUUACUCGAGCUCAGGAUUUUAACCCAUUGGAUCUGUGAGAAGGGAAGGACCCUUUCCCGAGGAAAACA